GACGGAGCUGAGAGAGCGUCCUGACCACUCAUAAGUUCUCCCCAGGACCACCACUUCACCUCCGCGUUAUUCUGGAGAGAAUUUGCAUCUCGGGGAGGAACGUGUGGAGACCAACCAUUUUCAGGAUUUGUCUUCCUUUCGAAAAGGACGUCCUAGGCAGCUGGUACAGACUGUAUUUGUUUUUCUCAUUCUGUUUAAGCUACGCAGUUGAGGUGAAUUUGGAGAAAGUCUGAAGCUGUUUACCUGCUUAAUUUUCUGACUUUCCGACAUGCGCGUCUUUGUGUUGCGCAUCAUGUUCGCGCUGCUGUGUGUCAGCGCUUCACGCUCUGCAUCAUGUCCUGCUGGCUGCGAAUGUUCAGAAGCUGCGCAGACUGUGAAAUGUGUUUCUAAAGAUCUUCGGGACAUACCAAAGCACAUUCCUGCUUACACAAGAAAUUUGUUCAUCACAGGUAACCACAUUAGGCGAGUUGGUCCAGAGUGUUUCAAGGGGCUGGACAAUGUGACAACGUUAUCGCUCAGCAACAACAGAAUAUCUGAGGUGGCGUCUCACACCUUCUCCAGCCUGUGUAACCUCAGAUCAUUGGAUCUGAGCAGCAACCAGCUGGUUUCAAUUCACCCAGGGGCCUUUACAAUGCACAACCACACGCUGAGAGAGCUGAAUUUCAGCCGAGCGCUUUAUAACCACUCGUCAGUCAUUAACCUGGCCACAGCUCUGCGCUGGAGCAGCCUGGACGGUCUGCAUGGGCUGGACCUGUCAAGCAAUGGCCUGAUCUUCCUACCUCCUCGCAUCUUUUUCAAUAUGAGUAGUCUGCGCCGGCUUCACUUGGCCAACAACUCCAUAGUAUCUCUUACCAAUGAGACAUUGCUGGGUUUGGAGCUCCUAGAAGAGCUCGAUCUGAGCCAUAAUGCCCUGAAAACCUUCAGUAAGGAAGGCUUGAUGGAACUGGAGCGCAUUCCAAAAGCAAAGUUACACCUUGGGCACAACCCAUACACAUGUACCUGUGGAAUUGAGCCGUUCAUCACCUUGCUAAACACCUCGCAGGACCGUGUCGUUGAUGUGGAGCAUCUGGUCUGUGUGUUCCCUGUUGAACUGCGUAACACUUCUUUACUGCUUGUGAGGAAGUUGGUGUUGGGAUGCUGUCACGAAGAGGAGAGGAACAACCUAGCCCUGCAAACCUCCUAUGUUUUCCUCUGCGUAGUGCUGGGUUUUGUGGGUCUAAUGUUCCUCUUUGUUCUGUACCUGAACCGGAAAGGUAUCAAGAAGCGCAUCUAUGAAAUGCGUGACACAUGCAGAGAGAUGUGGGAGGGGUAUCAUUACCGAUAUGAGAUUGACUCUGAUCCCAGGUUGUCACAAUUGUCCACAAGUGCGGAUGUAUAACUUGGAUUACUGGUAGUUUGAGCCAAGUUCUUUCAACCCAUUGUCUUUAUCUGAACUUGAUUUCUAACAAAGU